CAACUGAUGAGAAAUAAAAUCUGUAGCUUUCCAGGUGACGAUCACCUUUCAUUUUCAGCGAGCUUACGAACCACUUGUUUUAGCUGCGCCUGGUUGUCUUGUGGCCCCAUUGCUUUGACUGUCUGAAGUUAACAUGUCUCUGAAAAACGAGCCAAGGGUAAAUACCUCUGCACUGCAGAAAAUCGCUGCCGACAUGAGCAAUUUGAUAGAAAAUCUGGACACUCGGGAACUCCACUUCGAGGGAGAAGAGGUGGAAUACGAUGUGUCUCCCAUGGAUCCCAGGACUCAGGAAGGAUAUAUCCCUUUCUCUGCUAUCUAUAACACUCAAGGCUUUAAGGAGCCUAACAUACAGACUUAUCUCUCCGGCUGUCCAAUAAAAGCACAAGUUCUGGAGGUGGAGCGAUUCACGUCUACGACAAGGGUGCCAAGUAUCAAUCUAUACACUAUUGAAUUAACACAUGGGGAAUUUAAAUGGCAAGUUAAGAGGAAAUUCAAGCACUUUCAAGAAUUUCACAGAGAGCUGCUGAAGUACAAAGCCUUUAUCCGAAUUCCCAUUCCUACCAAAAGACACACGUUUAGAAGACAGAACGUCAGAGGGGAGGAGCCUCGAGAGAUGCCUAGUUUGCCCCGUUCAUCUGGAAACAUGAUUCGAGAAGAACAGUUCUUUGGUAGGAGGAAACAACUAGAGGAUUACCUGACAAAGAUACUAAAAAUGCCCAUGUAUAGAAAUUAUCAUGCCACAACAGAAUUCCUUGACAUAAGCCAGCUGUCUUUCAUCCGCGAUUUGGGACCAAAGGGCCUAGAAGGUAUGAUCAUGAAGCGAUCUGGGGGACACAGAAUACCGGGUUUGAAUUGCUGUGGUCAGGGAAGAGCCUGCUACCGAUGGUCAAAAAGGUGGUUAAUAGUGAAAGACUCCUUCCUGCUGUAUAUGAAGCCAGACAGCGGAGCUAUUGCCUUCGUCCUGCUGGUAGAUAAAGAAUUCAGAAUCAAGGUGGGGAAGAAAGAGACAGAAACAAAAUAUGGACUUCGAAUUGAUAAUCUUUCAAGGACGCUUAUUUUAAAAUGCAACAGCUACAGACAUGCUCGGUGGUGGGGAGGAGCUAUAGAAGAAUUCAUCCAGAAACACGGCACCAACUUUCUCAAAGAUCACCGAUUUGGGUCAUAUGCUGCUGUCCAGGACAACACUUUAGCUAAAUGGUAUGUUAAUGCCAAAGGAUAUUUCGAAGAUGUGGCAAAUGCAAUGGAAGAGGCGAAAGAAGAAAUUUUUAUCACAGAUUGGUGGUUGAGCCCAGAAAUCUUCCUGAAACGCCCAGUGGUGGAAGGAAAUCGUUGGAGGUUGGACUGCAUUCUUAAACGAAAAGCACAACAGGGCGUGCGGAUCUUCAUAAUGCUCUACAAAGAAGUGGAGCUGGCCCUGGGCAUCAAYAGUGAGUACACCAAGAGGACUUUAAUGCGGCUGCACCCCAACAUAAAGGUGAUGAGGCACCCGGAUCAUGUGUCCUCCAGUGUCUAUCUGUGGGCUCAUCAUGAGAAGCUUGUCAUCAUCGACCAAUCGGUAGCCUUUGUGGGCGGGAUUGACCUGGCCUAUGGAAGGUGGGAUGACAAUGAACACAGACUCACAGAUGUGGGCAGUGUGAAGCGAAUCACUUCGGGACAAUCUCUUGGUUCUCUCACGGCUGCAACAACAGAGUCUAUGGAAUCUUUAAGCCUCAAAAAUAAAAAUGAAUCUAAUAAAAAUGUGCCCAUCCUGAAGAAUGUUGAUGAUAUGGAUUCGAAACUGAAAGGAAUAGGRAAGCCAAGAAAGUUCUCCAAAUUUAGCCUCUACAGGCAGCUCCACAAGCAUCAGCUGCACAACGUGGACAGCGUCAGCAGCAUUGACAGCGCCUCCAGUUAUCUUAAUCACUAUAGAAGUCAUCAGAAUUUAAUCCAUGGUUUAAAACCCCACUUGAAACUCUUUCGCCCUUCGUGUGGGUCUGAGCAGGGGCUCACUGGGCCCAGCGAUGACACUGGCUCCAUCCGCAGUUUGCAGACAGGCGUGGGAGAGCUCCAUGGGGAGACCAGAUUCUGGCACGGGAAGGACUACUGCAAUUUUGUCUUCAAAGACUGGGUUCAACUUGAUAAGCCUUUUGCUGAUUUCAUUGACAGGUACUCCACUCCCCGGAUGCCCUGGCAUGAUAUCGCCUCUGCRGUCCACGGGAAGGCUGCUCGUGAUGUGGCACGUCACUUCAUCCAGCGCUGGAACUUCACGAAGAUUAUGAAACCAAAGUAUCGGUCUCUUUCUUAUCCCUUCCUGCUUCCAAAGUCUCAAACCACAGCCCAUGAGCUGAGAUAUCAGGUGCCUGGGGCCGUCCAUGCUCGUGUGCAGUUGCUCCGCUCUGCUGCUGAUUGGUCUGCUGGCAUAAAGUACCAUGAAGAGUCCAUCCAUGCUGCUUACAUCUAUGUGAUAGAGAACAGCAAGCACUAUAUCUACAUUGAAAACCAAUUUUUCAUAAGCUGUGCUGAUGACAAAGUAGUAUUCAACAAAAUAGGCGAUGCUAUCGCCCAGCGGAUCCUGAAAGCUCACAGGGAAGGCCAGAGAUACCGAGUGUAUGUGGUGAUACCUCUUCUGCCAGGGUUUGAAGGAGACAUUUCAACAGGUGGAGGAAAUGCUCUGCAGGCAAUAAUGCACUUCAACUACAGAACCAUGUGCAGAGGAGAAAAUUCCAUCCUUGGACAGUUAAAAACAGAGCUUGGUAAUCAGUGGAUAAAUUAUAUUUCAUUCUGUGGUCUUAGAACACAUGCAGAGCUUGAAGGAAACCUGGUCACUGAGCUUAUCUAUGUCCACAGCAAGUUGUUAAUUGCUGAUGAUAACACUGUUAUUAUUGGCUCCGCCAACAUAAAUGACAGAAGCAUGCUGGGGAAGCGUGACAGUGAAAUGGCUGUCAUUGUGCAGGACACAGAGACGGUCCCUUCGGUAAUGGACGGAAAGGAGUACCAAGCUGGCCGGUUCGCCCAAGGACUUCGGCUCCAGUGCUUCAGGGUUGUCCUUGGCUAUCUUUCUGACCCAAGCGAGGAUAUUCAGGAUCCAGUGAGUGACAAGUUCUUCAAGGAGGUGUGGGUUUCAACGGCAGCUCGAAAUGCUACAAUUUAUGAUAAGGUGUUCCGGUGCCUUCCCAAUGAUGAAGUACACAAUUUAAUUCAGCUGAGAGACUUUAUAACCAAGCCCAUAUUAGCAAAGGAAGAUCCCAUUCGAGCUGAGGAAGAACUGAAGAAGAUCCGUGGGUUCUUGGUGCAGUUCCCCUUCUAUUUCUUGUCUGAAGAGAGCCUACUGCCGUCUGUUGGAACCAAAGAAGCCAUAGUGCCCAUGGAGGUGUGGACUUAAGAGGUGUACUCAUUUGCAGCCAAGGACUUCCACCCUGGAAACCACACUGUGUACAGUGACUUCAUGGGGUCCUCACACCACAGCCAGGCCUGAUGCACUUUUGUGUGCAACACGUGGACCCUUUGGAAUGGCCGGGAGGGGUCACGAUCGAACUGAUGUAAGGACACUGAACAUCAGCAAGGCUUUGUCGGUCCUCCUGUCCAUCCUCAUGAGCGGAGGCUACUCUCUCGUAGGUAUCAUGCACAUACGGGAAUUCCAUAAUGUAUACCCCAAUCUGUUUCCUUUGCUAACAAGAAUUUACCUGUAACCGUAACUGUAACUGUGAUGAAGUUUGCCAUAUAUUUGCCCUUUUCUCUCUGAUCUUCCUUUGUAUAUAUCCAGUAUCUGUGGGACCUGCCCUCAUCUUGUAGUCUGUACAGCACUAUUUGAGAUAUCGUUUAUUGCUAGAAGGUAUUAGGGAGCUGUUUCAAAAUUCUUCAAGGUUAUGUGGGAUGCCCUUGCCCAUCUGGUCCUGAAGUAGUAGCAUCCAACCCAGGAUACGGUUAUUAUUCCUUUUCGGUCACUGUAGGGACAGAACAGACUUCAGUCUACCCAGCAGCCUGUGUCAGGUACUUCUGAUAGCAUUGACAAUGUAUCUCGACAUCGCAGAACAACAGGAAGGAAUUAAAUUCCUCCAAUAUUGGAGGAGAGAUUUAACUUGGCUCCCAAAGACACCGCAAAGAUGUGUCCUUGUGAUAGAACCCACCUGAUCAAAUUUGAAAACGUGUAGGAUAUUUGAUUACACAGCAACCAGAUAAAAGAGCACACAGCCUUCAGAAUCCCCAAGAUGUCAGCGGGAAUCGAAACCAGAUAAGAAAAGAAGAUCCCCUUAAAGUCCUG